AUGGACUCGCUGUUUCGACUUCUUCUACACGACCAAUCCUUGCUUCAAGAGGAUCAUUCUGAUCCAAAGCUGCUCGACACAAUAAAUUACCAUAAACGGGAUCUCGUGACUAUUCUCGAAACGGUCAAGUGGCAGUUGGAAGAUUUCGAAAGAGCAGUCAACGCUUCAGCCUUGGCAGACAAGUCUCGAUUGAAGGAAGACGUGAUAGCUAGGCAUAGGCAGUUCAUUAAGGCCAUAAAGGAACAUAUAAAACUUAUCGAGGAGAGAAUUAAUAGAGGGUCCUUCAAUUCAAUGAGGAAAAACAGGUGGGUGAAUUUGAAUGACCAGGACAUGGAUGGAUUGGCAUUGUUUCUUGAUCCAGGUGAUGAGAUUGUUGAGCAAGAAAGGAUCGAAAAGAUUCUUGAGAAAUUUCUGUACCAUGUUAUGUAUGGGAACAAAGGCAGCAGAAGCCAUACAAAAAAGUUGAAAGAUGUCAGUUCACUAACAUCCCUCGAUGAUUCCCCUUAUGUUCAGGGCCAAUUGCAACGUGGAUUUGGAAGCUUCCAAAUUCUAUUUUCUAGGUUUCAAGCUAAUGUGGUGCAGUUGAGUAGCAAUCUUGGAGUAAUAUAUCAAGUGUUGCCUUGUCAUGUUCAAGUAAAUUGGAAUUCGGUGCAAAUAGUGUUGACAAUAACAAUUAUAUUCGCCCUCAUAUUUUUGGGUAUACUGGUCUUCAGAAUCGCUUGAUGACCAGAAUUCACUGAUUUGAAGCUCAGCUGCAGCAUACUAUGCAGUUAAUAUUGAUGAGUUGCAUGCUGGAUUGCUGGUGAAAGUACGUGGGAUGUACAAAUUCCUCUUCGGACGAUCCCCUUGGAAGCAUGUAACAUUCUCCAGGAAUUCGCCAUUAGCAUUCGAUUUAAGCACAGAGCAUGAGAUCCUAAUCCUAGUA